AUGGCGUCGAUGGGAACACCUGCGGUCGUUAUGGACAAUGGUACCGGCUUGACCAAAUUGGGUUUUGCUGGUAACGAUUCACCUUCUUACGUGUUUCCCACUGCUAUUGCCACGGCGGCUAGUGCUGGAAAGGCAGGAAAAGGUGCAGCUUCGAACAACUCGUUUUUAAGUGCCAAGCGGGGAUUGGAGGACUUGGACUUCUUUAUUGGAGAUGAAGCAUUGAACGCGGCUAGCGGCAGCAAUUAUAGCUUGUCGUAUCCGAUCAGACAUGGUCAAAUCGAAAACUGGGAUCACAUGGAGCGUUUCUGGGAGAACUCCAUCUUCAAGUACCUUAGAUGCGAGCCUGAAGACCACUACUUUUUGUUGACGGAGCCUCCUUUGAACCCUCCUGAAAACAGAGAGAGCACUGCGGAGAUCAUGUUUGAAUCCUUUAACUGUGCUGGUUUGUACAUUGCAGUACAGGCUGUCUUAGCUUUAGCGGCUUCCUGGACUUCUUCAAAAGUGCAGGAUAGGUCCUUAACGGGAACUGUUAUUGAUUCUGGUGAUGGUGUUACACAUGUCAUUCCGGUGGCUGAAGGUUAUGUCAUUGGUGGUGCCAUCAAGAACAUUCCUUUGGCUGGAAGAGACAUUACCCUUUUCAUACAAUCUUUAUUGAGAGAUAGGGGUGAAGCUGACACUUCUUUGCAAACAGCAGAGAAGAUCAAGCAACAAUUUUGUUAUGUUUGUCCUGAUAUUGUGAAAGAGUUCAAGAAGUUCGACCAAUAUCCACAAGAGAAGUUUGCUCAAUAUGUUGUCGAGUACACAGACAGGAAGAAGGUUGUUGAUGUGGGUUACGAACGUUUUUUGGCGCCUGAGAUCUUUUUCAACCCUGAAAUCUGCUCCUCAGACUAUUUGACUCCUUUACCUACAGUUGUGGACCAGGUGGUACAAUCCACGCCAAUCGACGUGCGGAAAAAGUUAUACAAAAACAUCGUUUUGUCUGGUGGUUCUACUAUGUUCAAAGAUUUUGGAAGACGUUUGCAAAGAGAUAUCAAAUCGAUAGUCAACGAAAGAAUUGAAAUAAGUGAAAAAUUGAGUGGUGUUAAGAGUACCGGUGUAGAGGUCCAGGUGAUCUCUCACAAGAGGCAACGGAAUGCUGUCUGGUUUGGUGGCUCUUUGUUAGCGCAAACCGCCGAAUUCAAGAGUUAUUGUUACACUAAGCAGGACUAUGAUGAGUAUGGUCCAAGCAUUGUGAGAAACUUUUCCUUGUUCUCCGUUCCAUAG